AUGCGCUUCCUCUCCACCCUCCUGAGCACAACCCUCAGCCUCCUCACCAUCACCUCCGCCGCCGCAACAAUGAACACCACAAACGGCAUGGGCACCACGCCCUCCCAACGCUACGUCAUCUCAGCCUCGCAAGCACAAACCGUCAUCGACGCCGCCAUCACCAACGCCACAUCCCUCCAGAUCCCCGAAAACAUCGCCAUCGUAGAUCCCUCUGGCCUUCUCGUCGCUUUCCACCGCAUGGACAACGCAUUCAUCGGGUCCAUCGAUAUUUCGCAGAAGAAGGCUAGGACGGCUGUGCUGUUCAAUGGGUUGUAUGCUAGUGCGGAUUUGUAUGCGGCAGUGCAGCCGGGUGCGCCGCUUUAUGAUGUGCAGAAUACGAAUGGUGGGUUGAUUGCUUUCGGGGGCGGGAUACCGAUUUACCUUGAGGGAAAAUUGAUUGGGGGUGUGGGUGUUAGUGGAGGGAGCGUGGAGCAGGAUUUGAGUGUUGCGAAUGCGGGAGUGGAGGCUUUGGGGGCGACUACCAAGGCAUAG